AUGGCUGCUCGGGACUCAGGUCGUCUUGGUCUCUCCUUUUUGCCAGUCCCGAGUGAGGAUGUUAACACCUUAGCAGAGAGAUUCGGAAGAAAAGGUUUUAGCCAUGGGGGAGGGUUAGUCACCAUAACCUGCUACACUAAAAUCCAGACACAAUCUUGUUAUUAUGUCUUGUUAACAGGAUGCAAAGUUCCCAAACCUGAGGUCAUCUUCAAGUUGGAGCAAGGGGAGGAGCCAUGGAUGCUGGAGGGGGAACCUGCACAUCAAAUCUGUUCAUAUGAGAAUAUUGGACAAACUCAACAACAGGGAAUUUCUGGAGAAAUUUCAUUCCACUGUGAGAGAUUAAAUCAGUCCAUGGAGGAAGAGUCAGUAUGUUCCAUUUUAGAAGAACUAUGCCAAGAUAAUGGCCAGCUACAGAGAUAUCAGGUGAACCAUAAUAAUCCCUUAAGUCAUGUGAAAAUGUUGAUUAAGGAUAAGGGAUAUGGAUGUAAAAGCAAUGGAAAAAUAAUUCACGUGAGUACUAAGCUUGUCUCAUCAAGAAAAAGACUCCAUAACUAUGACACAUUUGGAAAGAGUUUGAAGCAUCUUUUAAACUUACAUAAUUAUAAUAGAAGCAUUGCAACAAACAACCUUGAUAAGAUUUUUGGCAAUGGUAACAAUUUUGGCCAUAGCUCUUCCUUUACUAAGAAUGAAAAUUCUAAUACAGAAGUAAAUUCCUGUGAACAUAAUCAAUUACAGAAACAUUUCAGCCACAAACAAGUUCUCAUCCACCAUCAGAAAAUUCAUACUAGGGAAAAACUUUACAUAUGUACUGAAUAUGUGAAGGGCUCCACCCCAAAGCCACAUCUUUUUGAGCAUCAGAAACUUUAUGCAGGAGAGAAAUCCUAUGAAUGUAACCAAAGUGAGAAAGUCUUCACUCAGAAGCCAGAAAUUGAUGUACAUGAGAGAGUUUAUGCAGGAGAGAAACCUUAUAUAUGCACUCAAUGUGGUAAGGCCUUUACUCUUAAAUCAAACCUCAUUACACAUCAGAAGAUUCAUACUGGGAAGAAACCCUAUAAAUGUAAUGAAUGUGGAAAAGCCUUUUUCCAGAGGUCAGAUCUCUAUAGACAUCUGAGAAUUCAUACAGGAGAAAAACCUUAUGAAUGCACUGAAUGUGGAAAAGGCUUCUCCCAAAAUUCAGACCUCAGUAUCCAUCAGAAAACUCAUACUGGAGAGAGACAUUAUGAAUGCAAUGAAUGUGGGAAAGGCUUCACAAGGAAAUCAGCCCUUAGAAUGCAUCAGAGAAUUCAUACGGGAGAGAAACCCUAUGUAUGCACUGAAUGUGGGAAGGCCUUUAUCCAGACAUCACACUUCAAUACACAUCAGAGAAUUCAUACUGGAGAAAAACCUUAUGAAUGCAGUGACUGUGGAAAAUCAUUUACCAAAAAGUCACAACUUCAUGUGCAUCAGAGAAUUCACACAGGAGAGAAACCUUAUAUAUGUACAGAAUGUGGCAAGGUUUUCACUCAUAGGACAAAUCUCAUUACACAUCAGAAAACUCAUACUGGAGAGAAACCCUAUAUGUGUACUGAAUGUGGGAAGGCUUUUACUGACCAGUCAAAUCUCAUUAAACACCAGAAAACUCAUAUGGGAGAGAAACCCUAUAAAUGUAAUUGCUGUGGAAAAGCCUUCAUAUGGAAGUCACACCUCGGAAUACAUCAGAAAUCUCAUAUUAGAGAGAGACACUAUGAAUGCUAUGAAUGUGGGAAAGCCUUUAUCCAGAAAUCAACACUAAAUAUGCAUCAGAGAAUCCAUACAGGAUAGAAACCCUAUGUUUGUCCUGAAUGUGGGAAGGACUUCAUCCAGAAAUCACAUUUCAUUGCACAUCACAGAAUUCAUACUGGAGAGAAACCAUAUGAAUGCAGUGAUUGUGGGAAAUGCUUCUCUAAGAAGUCACAACUCCAUGUGCAUCAGCACAUUCACACAGGAGAGAAACCCUAUAUAUGUGUUGAAUGUGGAAAGGCAUUCACUGACAAGUCCAAUCUCAUUACACACCAGAAAAUUCAUAAUAGAGAGAAGCCCUAUGAAUGCAGUGACUGUGGAAAAACCUUCACCUGGAAGUCAAGUCUCAAAAUACAUCAGAAAUCUCAUACUGGAGAGAGACACUAUGAAUGCAGUAAUUGUGGGAAAGCUUUCAUACAGAGGGCAACACUAAGUAUGCAUCAGAUAAUUCAUACAGGAAAGAAACCUUAUGUUUGUGUAGAAUGUCAGAAGGCCUUCACUGACAGAUCAAAUCUUAUUAAACACCAGAAAACUCAUAGUGGAGAAGAACUCUAUAAAGCCAGUGACUGA